ACCUCCAUCUGGAGCCUGGUUCUCUGCACAGAAAGAGGUUCGUUCGCGUGUGUCACGUGUGCACGCCUUUCGAUCUCAAAGCGAAAACACGCUGAUGAUAAAUUCGGGAAGCAGAGAGGAGGAAUCGCGUUGAUCGUCUACGUAUCCCUCGUCUUCCGGUACCGUGUCGAUUUUACUUCCGACUCGAUUUUCACGCCGUUGAAGCGCGUUGCCUGGCUGGCUGCGAGUGUGGCGUUCAUACAAGGGUGUACUUUAGCUGAGAAAAGUGAGAAAAGUCGAGAAUUUUAAGUGGCAUUUUUUAGUGACGCAGGUGUGAAACUGUCUUGCGUGUUACAUCGUAUGCAGAAGUAGCCGAGAAAAGGGAAGAACGCCUGGGGAGGGAUACUUUUGUCAACUCGAAGAAAUGGUGAAAAUGGGAAGGUGUCGUGUGGGUUUUGUCGUGUGGUUGGUCCUUACCUGCUUCACCAGCGACGCACUCCAGCAAUACAGAGAAAAAAACAUAAGCGGGGCCGAGACAGACGCGGUUCAAGCGAUCCUGGCCAGAUACCUUCAGAGACGUCUUCAGGGCUCUCAGCUGUCGACGCCGCCGCCGCCAGCUGUCUUCUUCAGCAGCAAUAAUCAGGCCAGAGUCAGACAAGCACCCCAGAGGACAACCGGUAAUGCAUUGCCGAGGAAUGACAGCGAAAAAGAGAAUAGGGAACCCGUGGAGGAUUAUGAGGAUUAUGAGGACGACCUUGAAGGAUUCGAGGACAGCGAGAGGAGCAGGACCAGAUUCGAUCUGUUCGCUGAUGACUGCCCGAACUGCGUGGACGAGCACAGUAGCAGCCUGGCGGCGUCGAGAUGGACGAUGCCAUUGUUGAAGCUAGGCGAGAAGAGAUACUACCUGGGGAUCUUCUUCAAGGCUAAUUGGUACAGGGCGUCCCAAUAUUGCCGGUACCAUGGAAUGCAUUUAGCGAGUAUAGCUUCGCAAGAGGAGAACGACAGGCUCGAGAAACAUAUCAAAGAUUUUGGCUUAGGGCACGAACAUUUUUGGACUUCCGGUACUGAUCAGGCUGAAGAAGGUACCUUCUUUUGGAUGGCCAAUGGCAGGCCUAUUACAUUUGAAAACUGGAAUGUCGGCGAACCAAAUAAUUUCAGAUACGAGAACGGUGAAGAGGAGCAUUGUCUCGAAUUAUGGAACAGGGAUGGUAAAGGGUUAAAGUGGAACGACAGCCCAUGUAGUUUUGAAACUUUCUUCGUCUGCGAGGUGCAGUGACGAGGAACGUAUUCGAAAGUCAUCGAUUCCAUUCGAUAUACUUUUACGAGUCAUCGUCAGUUGUUGCUAGGAAAUUGAGUGACGAGUUAAUUAUCGAUUUCCUUUCGUUUCUGUUGCAACCUGCCGAACAGACUGAACGUGAAAAAUAACCUUGUGUGUUAGCCAUGUGUUUCGAGUGCUAAUCACGGGCUGAAUCAGAAGGACCAUUACUGCCCUUGAAGGGACGGUACAACGAUGGAUCACUUUUUUUUGGACUUAUUGAAAUGUGCUGGUCAAAACUGAAAAGGUUUGAUAUUCUAUGUGUGUGUUCUACUUGUGCGUAGAAUGUUUUCUUUAACAUUCUGUCUUCAGGUGGAUUAAGGACACUUAAGUGGCCCAUUUUGUUUCUUCUCACGCUGUCUGUAGAUAAUUGUUUAUUUUCAUAGAAAUAUUAAUUAAGGACUCGUACAAUUUUAGUUCGCGUUAGUUGUUUAUAAGUAACGAUGUAUGUGUAUGUGUAUAACAACCAUCUCAGACUGCGUAGGUAUGCUCUGGUAUGAAUUAUUCUCGUUCUAGAUAUUCAUUCUUUACAUGUAUGAUUUUUCUUUUUGUUUAUAUAAUGUGUUAUUAAUACGAAAUUGUAAUGUACAAUACAAGGUAUAGCAUAACGUAAUGUUAAAGAUAGGAAAUAAAAGGAGUAAUAUUUUUUAAUACGAAUAAACUUAAUUAACAA